AUGACCGAAAUCACCGACGGAAUUGAUGGAGACGGUUUUCAUUUACCCCAUCACGCGGUAAUUAAAGAAAAUAGCUUAUCUUCUAAGCUACUCGUAGUUUUCAACGGAUCUGCCAAAACAAAUACCGGCCUAUCACUUAAUGACAAACUUAUGGUAGGUCCUGCUAUUCAAAGCGAUAUAGUCUCGCUAAUCCUCAAAUUUCGCUUGCAUAAUUAUGUUAUAACAGCUGAUAUAGAGAAGAUGUAUAGACAAAUUCUCGUACGACCAGAAGAUCGAAAAUAUCAACGCAUUCUUUGGGGGGACCCGAAUAAUAUUAAAACUUUUGAAUUAAAGAUGGUCAUGUUUGGCCUAGCUUCUGCCCCUUUCUUAGCGAUAAGUUGUUUACAACAACUCGCUGAAGAUGAGGGACAUCGAUUUCCCAGAGCAUCACGCGUAUUAACUAAGGACAUGUACGUUGACAAUUUACUCUCUGGCGCCUCCACGAUUAAAGGAGCAUUAGAAAUUAGGAAUGAAAUCACUGAAUUACUAAAACUCGAAGGCUUCGUACUUCGACAGUGGGGAUCAAACGAUUCACAGAUUUUACGCGAUUUAGACGAUGAAAAUAUAAUCCCUAAUUGUCAAUUAGAUACUUGUCAUUCAGACAAACAAGAAUCUGUGAAAACUUUAGGCACUAUCUGGAAUGCACAAAACGAUUUCAUAACGUACAUCGUAAAGCCAGUAGCUGCAAAAUUAAUCAAAUCUAAACGAAAAAUUCUGUCCGAAAUUGCAAAAAUCUUUUAUCCUUUAGGUCUGCUAGAGCCAAUAAUUUUAUACGCAAAACGAAUCAUGCAAAGACUUUGGCAAUUAAAAUUAGACUGGAAUGAAUCAGUUCCUAACAGCUUGUUUACUGCUUGGAUGGAAUUCUUUGACCAACUUCCAGUUAUCAAUAACGUGUCCGUCGAAAGAAAAGUCUUAAUUAAUGAUGCAAUUAGCGUUCAAUUGCACGGUUUCUGUGACGCAGGUGAGUGUCGAUACGGAGCCUGUAUUUAUUUAAGAUUGGUGGAUUCUACCGGAAACAUAAGCCCAGCGUUAUUUUAUGCGAAAUCGUGUGUAGCACCAUUGAAAACAGUUUCGCUGCCACGACUCGAGUUGUGUGGAGCUCAACUUCUUGCUAAGCUCAUUAGACAAGCCAUUGCUAUCACGGGAAUUUCUUUUGAGAAAGUAGUAUUGUGGUCAGAUUCCACUAUUACACUACACUUGAUUCACACUUCACCACAUUUACUAAAAACAUUUGAAGCAAAUCGUGUUGCUGAUAUUUAA